GGCUGAGGAGACGGUAAAACCUACUUCCGGCGGAAGCGGUGUGGCCAGCUCGCUGUGUUUGCCGAAAUUAAGCUGUGUUAUUGGCCGGAGCUGAGGGAAUACGGAGUCCUUGUGUUAGUGGUCAGCUAGAGGAAGCUGCAAUGGCAGGAAUUAAAGCUCUGAUCAGCCUUUCCUUUGGAGGAGCAAUCGGACUGAUGUUUUUGAUGCUUGGAUGUGCGCUGCCUCAGUAUAGUCAGUAUUGGCCAUUAUUUGUACUGUUUUUCUACAUAUUGGCACCGAUCCCAUACUGCAUAGCAAGACGGGUAGUAGAUGAGACAGAUGCGGCAAGUAAUGCAUGCAAGGAACUGGCCAUCUUUCUCACAACUGGGAUUGUUGUGUCUGCGUUUGGCCUGCCUAUUGUCUUUGCCAGAGCAACCUUGAUUCAUUGGGGAGCAUGUGCGCUUGUUCUGACGGGGAACACAGUCAUCUUUUCUACCAUUUUAGGUUUCUUCCUAGUUUUCGGAAACAAUGAUGAUUUUAGUUGGCAACAGUGGUAAAGUACAAUACCAGAACUGAACUCUAGAAAAGGCCAUGAUCCUGACUCCAGCGACCAUCCAUUCAGCCAGUGAAAGGACUAAGCACAGCUAAAACUGGUAUCAGCAUGUGGAGUCUUGUCGUCUAGUCAUGCUUUUGCCAUGGACAUGCAGAAUGGCUUACCCGAAAAAACAAAAGUUCAGCUUCCUUGAUGCUUUAUUUUCAUACAUUAUUGGUACCUUUGUUAAACCUUUUUAUAUAUAAUUUUUUUUUUUUUU